AUAACUAAUCCACCUCUUCCCAGCGCAACUCCAGAUUGCAUGUACCUCUAAACAUGAAUUUGACCCCCUGCUUGUUCCGGCUGUCACUCUCGUUCAUCUCGUCUGCACUACAGUGGCAAUGAAUGGUCCCUACAAGUCAGGUCAAAUCUCGUUCAAAACGUUUUAUGAUGGCGCUACAAUGCGCUACGUAAAUGAUAAACCCACACCCGAUCUAUCUCGAGGAAUUCAUAUUGGGGAGGUCCCCUGGUGUUCUACCAAGGACGGGGAUGGUAAUGUCGGGUGGUGGAUGCGUUUCUGGAUUCCAAUCCCCUUCGCACUCUUUCAGCGAGCAGAGACUAGGACUUUCAAGAUAGAUGCCAAGGUACAUGUCAACGGAGAUGGAGGUAAAGAAGGGUAUCUAAGCGCUUCGAGUGAUUUCACAUUGUCCAGGUUGCUCAGAGGUUUGGCGAUGUAGAUGACCGCUUGAGUAUCUACUGAUGUAAAGAUCGAUCACCAUGUGUUAGCGUUGCAUCAAACAUUCAUGUGUCUCCUUCCCUAGUACAUAGUGACUAU